GCGUGUGCCUUAAAUGUGAACGUGCAGCGGAACGAGAAUUUCGACCAUCAGUCCCAUAACACGAAUGGUGAGUAGCAGCUCGUUCAUCAGCAACUCCAUUAGCACCACUUCCAGUGCGCCCAAUGGUAACAGUAGUAACAACAGUGGAAGAAGCAGCGACAACAACAGCAACAUCACCGGUUCCAGUAUCAUCGUUUGCGGAGGAACGGGCAUUGGGAUUAAGCGCGUACUAGAUGUAAAUGCGACGACCGGCAACAAUGUACUGAACGUUGCGAAGGGAGUUUAUCUAAAACAACAUCAGCAGCAUCCUCAUAAUCAGCUGAAGCAGCAGCAACCGAGCAGUUCCGGUGUGGUUUCCGGACACCAUCAGUUCAUUGUUGCAGGCGGAAUGAUCAAUCACAGUUCUUUGAUGUUUGCGACGACGACCACGACCACCAAUCACCAACAGCAGCUGCCGUCGGUGCUUUCGUCAAACACAUCGUCAGUUGGUGGCGGUGGCGGAAUAGUUGAAAAGAAGCUCGCGACAGCCAGCCACAACACACCCAAGACCAGCGACAGCCAGACUAGCCUAACAAGCACAACCAACACCACCACCACCACUACCAACAACACGACGAACUCUCCCGCCGAUACGUAUCCGACAGACGGUACCGAACCGUCGCUGGAAACCAAAGAACCAAACCCGGACAAUGAACCGCAGGAGGAGCAGCCGGAAAUCGACAUCGUGAUUAACAACGUGGUUUGCUCGUUCAGCGUGCGCUGUCAUCUGAGUCUGCACGAUAUCGCCCGCUACGGGAACAAUGUGGAGUUUCGAAGAGAGAACGGGAUGGUAACGAUGAAGCUGCGCCGUCCGUACACGACCGCUUCGAUUUGGUCGUCCGGAAAGAUUACUUGUACCGGUGCUACAUCCGAGCAUCAGGCAAAAAUAGCAGCACGACGCUACUCCCGUUGCCUUCAGAAGUUAGGAUUUAAUGUUAGAUUUAGGAAUUUUCGUAUCGUGAACGUACUAGGCACCUGCAGCAUGCCGUUCGGCAUCAUGAUUGUCAACUUCUCGGAGAAGUACAAAAAGGAUGCCAGCUACGAGCCGGAACUACAUCCGGGCGUUACCUACAAGCUGCAGACACCGAAAGCUACCCUGAAAAUAUUCUCCACGGGAAGCAUUACCGUCACCGCGGCAAGUGUGGCCUUUGUGCAAGCGGCAAUCGAACAAAUAUUUCCGCUCGUGUACGAAUUUCGUAAGAAACGAACCCCGGUGGAGAAGCUGGCAAUGGUGAAGCAGCCUCCGCCGGACUUUGACCCACACGACGUCGACCAUCUGAUCGAGGAGGACCGUGAAGGGGCGCUGGCGGAAGCGGAAGGACUCCCGUACUGGAACGGAACGUCCGACGAUCCGAUGGCUGCAGCGACGGUGGAGGAGACAGAGGAGGAUGAGGAAGAGGAGCAUGAGGUGCAGCAGCCGGACGAAGACGACCGCACUCGUAACAACACCAAAGCAAUACACAAAAUCAAUAGUAUUAGGCAAAACGGUAAGAAGCGCCGACUGGCUCAGCGGCGCCCAUCCGGCCGGGCUGUGAACGAUGGUGACAGCAUGUCCGACGACGACAUUUGUGUCAGUGAUUACGAAUAG